GUCCAACAGUUCUAGUCGGACACAGUUAUUGUGACACCAGAGCGUCCGCCUGCAAAACAAACCCGACAUGAGGUUUUAUGAAUGAAUGAAACUGAGUUACUCAAACUGAGUUAUAGACAUACAGACUGUCUUUCAUUAGACAUGAAGCGAUGAGCUAAACAGCUACGAGACUAAAGUUGUUACAAGCUAACGGAAUCUCUCCGAAACAUCAACACAGUCCAGGUAAAGGUGAGGACCCGGUCCCAGUCGGUCCCUGACAGGCGGAGACAUGCAGGCGGAGUUCCGAGCUCCCCGGAGACGGACCCGGGUCUAUGAGCAGUACGAGGCUCCGCUGCCGGUGAGCCGCAGCCCGGAGGAGAGGACUCAUUUCAGGGCGGACCUCAUCAACCAGAACGUGCUGGUCUGUCAUCCGGACCACAUCCACAAGAUCCACAACCAGGGUUAUUUUGGUAAAGGCAUCCUGUCCAGAGCGAGACCAGACCACAGCAUCUCCGACCAAUGGGAGCAUCAUGAAGGUGUGAUGUUACCUGUCGUCACACCGUCCAGGUAUGAAGAGCUCCUCAGGUGGGCAGGUUCGACUCUCUCUGCUCAGGGAUUGGAUGAAGAAGCUGUCAGUCAAACCGUGCUCAGACUCUCUCAGCCUGUAGAUAUGGAGGACGUGAGGAGAGAGAUGGGAGGAGGGGAGAAUGGACAGAAGACCGAAGAGAAGAAAGGGGAGGAGCCAGGAGCAGAAGGUGGAGUCUGUUCGCCGAUUAAAAGGCUGCUUGCGGAGUCAGAGGUGGAGCCGGAGCCCAAGAGAAGUUGCAGGGUGGAGCUACAAGACCGGAAUCCUGACCACGGCUUGAACCCCGACUCAGAUAAGGAUUCUGACUCCAAUCCUGACCCCAGCCCAGACUCAGACUCUGACUUUGGUCAAGAUCCUGGUCCUUUGGUUCCAGGUCCUGGUUUCGUCCUGGUGGUCUCUGACAGUAAGGAGUGUGAGGGGGUCAGGGAGGUCCGGCGGGCUCCGCUCGCUCUCACAGAGUACCUGCAGCUCAGUCUGGAAGAGGCCUUCUUCCUGGUUUACAGUCUGGGCUGCCUGUCUGUCUACCUGAACCAGGAGCCCCUGUCAAUCCUCCAGUUAUGGCGGACGCUCCGGUCCCUGCGCCCUGAUUUUGUCAGCUCUUUCGCAGCCUACCAGCAUUUUCGGAGCAGGGGGUGGGUCCCUAAAGUGGGGGGCGGAGCCAAGUAUGGUGUUGACCUCAUGUUGUAUAGGAAAGGCCCACCCUUCUACCACGCCAGUUACUCUGUGGUAAUUGAGCGGGUAGAUGAUGAGUUCAAGAGCUCAGGGCUGCAUCCAUUUUCUUGGCGCUCUCUGGCUGCUCUUAGCAGAAUCACCUCUAACGUGUCCAAGGAGCUGAUGUUUUGUUACAUCAUAUAUCCAGCCAAUCUAUCAGAGACAGAGCUGGACACCCCUGCAUGUGUGAAAAAACUGAAGGUUCAGGAGGUGAUUGUCAGCAGGUGGGUUUCCUCCAGAGAGCGAACAGAGCAGGACGACAUCUGACACGAGGAGUCAGAAACUGAUGACGAGAGGCUGGUUACAUCAGACAAAAAUCUAAUGAUGAUGAAAUGAUUUUUAUGGACCAAUCAGAAACCAGUGGACAAAAAUGGAUGUAUCAAAGAGACUGAAUUUGUGUGAAAAGUCAGAUUUCUGAAUGUCCUUGAACGCGUCAGCUGGUGGAGUUCAAAAUUGAGGUCAGUCAGUGAACUCUGAUGUUUCCCUUUCAACUCCUGAGGUCACCACAGGUCAAGAGGAGCUGCUGCAUGUGCUAUACCUCUAUGAAAGCAAUAAAUAAAAUAGCAGCAGUCUCACAAACUCUAACUUCUUGAUUUUCAGAAACACAGUGACACAGAAGUUGUUAUGAACAGGGAUGCUCUGAUUUAUUGAUGAAUUUUCUGGGGAUUUCAGGACAUCCUGGUCCUGACUUUUUCAGUUACUUGCUUCUUAUACAUGAGUCCUACAAUCUCUCAUAACAUGAUAUACUCAGUUAGAUUGAGAUGAUCGGGGCAGCAAAGUGGAGUGUGCUCGAGGAAGAGGAAUGUUCCUGUUAUGAUGACUAUUUCUGCGUUAGUAUCACUAUAACAUGUAUUAAGGACAUUUCUAAAAUAAAACAAUGGGAAAUAUG